UUUAAGGUCGAAAACUAAACAUGUACAAGAAAGUUUUAUUGAAAGCUGUAGCUAUCUGUUCUCGAAAAAACAGAUGAAAAGAGACUUGCAGAGCUUUGCAGACAAUGUCAUUGAGUCUUGCACACGAUUUAUACUUGAUAUUGCAAAAGAAGACGGAGAUUACAAUGAUUCUUUCACAAAGGAGCUUCUGGAAAAAGUAGACGAAUCCCUUAAACAACACUGGAAGCAGUGCAAGUCCAGGUUUGAGAUUGAUCUGAAACUUCACAUUUGUAGCAUUGCCUCAACAGAGUUCCUUCAGAUGCACAGAAGAUACUUGUUGAAAACGGAUCCCAAAAUUCAGCUGGAGAAGUACAAGCCUCAGUACUUGUCAGAUUUUCUCAAUCUAUACAUGAAGAGGGAUGAUUGCCAACGCAAAGCAACUGAUUUUGUCCAACUUUGUCUCAAACCUGCUGUUGAAGAGUACGUGAGUAGUUCUCUGGGAAUAGAGAUUGUGGAGGACAUUUUGACAAGUAGCCAUUCAACAACGUACAGUUCCCGUAACUAUUUCCAGUACAACAUUCAGAAAGAGCUGCUGCAGAAGGGAGACUUUCAGGGUUUUGUAAAGUACAUUAGUAAAUAUGAAAUGUAUGUCAAGGAUUGGAUAUUUCAGCAGAUACUGGGAAAAAUAUCAGAGAGCAAAACUUUGUACAAACUGAAAAAUAAGAAUCUGGAGAUCAUAGUUCAGAAAAUAACAGAAGCAACAGAACGGGCUUCAAAAGGAGACGAUGGUGUUCUGCUGCCAGAUGACACACAAAGCAUCACAGAGCUCAUCAACAACAUGCGCAGAUAUUUAAUCAACGAUAUCUCGAUUUCAGUGGAGGCUGAAAAAAGAACCCUGUUUCUAAUCCAAAGCACAUGCCACCCAUUUACAAAGAGCCUCAUUACAUCAUUGAGGGAAAUGAAGGAACAGCUGCAGGAGGAAUUCUCAAGCGCUGAUAUCACUGAGACUCUGCACAAGCUUCCAGUCAAACCACACCAGGAGCUUUUCAACAAGGUGUUUGGCUGUGGACAACAAUGUCCAUUUUGUAAAGUUCCAUGUGAGGCUGGAAGCAAAGAACACGAGAAACAUCAUGCAGCUGUUCAUCGGCCUCAAGGUCUUGGUAGAUGCAGGAAGAUAUCCAGUGAGAAGCUGGUGGCAACACUGUGCACGACGUCUGUGCACAGUGAAGGUCACUUCAAAUGCUCAGACACUAAAUGGGAGUUGCAUCCUUACAAAAACUACACCAAGUACUAUCCAGACUGGCACAUUCCUCCCGACUACAGCAUUAAGGCGUCUGACUACUGGAAGUUUGUCCUGGUUCAAUACAAUGACAGAUUUGCAGAAGAAUACAAAGCCAAGCCAGCUGAUGUUCCACAGGACUGGAGGAAGAUCACAAAGGAACAAGCACUGAAAGGCUUGAAAGAUGCCUUCAACAUGCCUGUGAACAAAUAUCUUUAAAUAUCUUUAACGAGGAAGAAUUGUUCACGUACAAAUGUACGGAGAAGACCAAGAGGAAGGACGGAACAAAUAAAAGACGGAACAAUGCUUUUAAAAAUGAUCAACUUGACUUCACCAUUAUCUUUACAGACAUCUUUGGAACAAGAGAUUUGAUGUUUUUAUAUUUUAUAUACCAUAUCAUUUUAGCUUUAUUUUUAUUUAUUAUUAAGACAACAUGUCUGGUUGUCUUUUAUAUGCACAUUUGUCAUUUUUGUUUUUGGACUCCAACUCUUUGUUUUUAUUAGUUUUGCUCAUAUUUCUAUAUUGAUUUCUGCAUUAUAACUGUUGUGCACAACAACCGCCAUGUUGGGAAACAUAUGUUGUCAUGGAGAAGUCUGCAUGUCCUAAAAAGAAUGUUUUUGUAUUUGAUACCAGUCAGUGAAUAACAGAUAUUGUGACAAAUUAAUUUUGACUUGCUUUUUUAAAACUUUUAAAUAUUUCCCUUGUUCUAGUUUUAUUCUUUUUUAGAUGAUAAUGUUUAACAAACAAACAGACUUGUGUGCUCAACAUGAUGAUGUCGUACACAGACCAUGUGAUGAGAUCAUGUUUUACUUACCUUUAUUAUUACUUACUUUACAUUUUUAUAAUCUUAUUUCCCAACAUUUUAAUGCAGAAUGUAACCUUUGAUGUGUACAUAAGUCAGCAUUAACUAUUCUUUAUCUCGGACUUAAACAUGUUCCUAUACUUCUUUCUUACUUUUGAUGUUUGAUGAUUGCAGCUCUGUCUGUAGCGACUUGUGCUAAAGAUGAUGAUGAUGAUAAUUAUAAAGGCUUUAAUAUUUUUUAAUGUUUUACUACUUUUAGGUACAUGAAAAAAAAAUGUACCUUUUCAUUUCGAUGUUUAAAUACUUUUAAAUACUUCUUAUUUUAUUUAUUAUGUUCAACAAACACAAUGACUUGUGUAGUAUGUAGUGUAGUGACUUUGUAGUACGAAGACCAUGUGAUGAGAUCAUGUUUCAUAAAACAUCUCACUAUUUACAUGUUGAUGGUUUUAUUUUGUAACAUGUCCUUGAAUAUGUAACCUGAAGAAGUAAUCCAUGUGUGCGUGUAGAGUACGUAACUCUGCGUUAGUUUAAAUACGUUGUAUGCUUGAUGAUACUGUAACGACCUCUCACACGUUGUUAGUGAUUAACUUGUGAUCUUUAUUCUUUUAGACGGAUGAGGACGUGUUGAACAAGGAAGCAAGACGUUAAAAAACGUCUUCGUUUUGAUUUCAAAGAUAAAGAUGAUGAUGAAGGCCAUGAGAAACAAGUUAUACGUCAUCAAUAUUCUUUAAUCUUUUUUAAUGUUAUACUUCUAAUAGAUACAUGCAAAACAUUUUUAUCUUUCUAUUUAGAUUUCUUACUUUUAAAUACUUGUUUUAAAUCUCUUGAUGUGUAUUUGAUAAGUCAGUGAAUAAGAAAUGAUUAAAUACCGUCUAAACAAGUCAACAGCAGAGAAUACUGUUGAUCAGAUAACAAGUUCAAGGUAUGUGCAUCAUGGAUGAUUAAAAUGAUGAGGAUAUAUGUAUGAAAAAAACAUUUUGAAGCAAAUAAGCAU